GAAAUGUCGUACAGUUGAACUUGAGGCAGAGUUGAGGAGGAGGGAAGGAGGCGUCUAAAGUUGAGAGAACGCUGCAUUCCAGGUCAACGGGCCUGCUAGGAGAAGGGAUUGCUGCCUCCUUUGAGAGAGCACCAUGGCUCACAACAGGUCACCUCUUGUUUUGACCGCUGCAGAGGAAGAUGCGGUGAUCCGAGACCGGCUGAUCACGAGAACUGGCAUGACCGCACCGAUCACCUGGCAGAAAAAGGUCAUGCAACGAUUUGCUGCUCUGUCUGCUAGCCUGGUGUCAGACGCGAGCCUUGAAGAGAGUGACAAGUUAUUUGACGGUCUGUUGGAUGCAUUGAAAGUCAUGCUGCUGCCAGUGCAGAAGAGCUUCCAGGGAGUGGAGGCAAGCCGGAGGGACGAGAGGCUGGCGCGCGAGCUGCACGAAAAGACGCUGCAGGAAAUUGCAAAUACUUCUGCAGAGAUUGAGCGGCUGAAAACUGAGCUCGACACAGCCAAGAUCGAGCGGAAAAACCUGGAGGAGUGCGAGACGAUCAGGGAGACGGUGGCUGCUCAGCCCUCCAGGGCGCAGUCAACUAGAAGCAUAGAAGAGACGCAGAGGGAGAUUGCUGAGAUGGAACGAGAGAUCGCAGCGGCGGCUUUGGCAUUCUUUCACAGAAAGAAACAGUUUGCCUUACUAAUGCACGUGAUUGACAGCAUCCAGACAGAGAUACAAGAAGAGAAGUUCCUCGCAAUCGUGCGGAAUCAGCAGGAUCAAGAGCAAGGACGCGAAGCAGCUGUAUUGACGGAGCCAGGUACAGACCCGAUGCUUGUGGACGAAGGUUGACGGGUUUAGGGGUUGAUGGUACUGGGCGGAACGCUAUCGUAGCAUCUUGCUCAAUAAGCAGAGCUUUACACGCUCAUUGCUUUGCUUUAUGUAACAUGCAAAUCAUUAGAUCAGUCGAGGUCUCAAUGCUAGUGUGCGAGCAAUCUUAUUGAACAUCAACGCAUUGCAAUCACGAUUCUCGGCUUCCAAGGACAGUACAUCAUACACCUAGUGCAUUGUCAUGGUAGUAACUACACCGAUGCAUAUCCAGCUUGAAUAGAAACAGUCAUUCGAGCCUGGCUGCGCCACUGGCAGGCCCGGGCGGUCCGGGUGCUCGA